AUGCUUGUGUCCCUCGCCCAAGCUUGUCUCGUGGGUGGAUUCACCUGGUGCCUGUGGAAGUGCUUUGGGCAGGCUCUCGUGAAAUCACCCCUUGACAAUAUCCCCGGUCCUCCGAGAGAGUCCUGCCUCUAUGGGAACUUGCGACAUAUGCUCGAGCGUCAUGCUUGGCCCGUGUAUGAGCGUCUCACCGAGACAUACCCCGGGAUUGCCAAACUAGCAGGUCCGCUCGGAACCCGUAUGCUCUACGUGUUCGACCCUGUCGCGAUGCACAAUAUCAUCAUUAAGGACCAGGACGUCUUCGAACAGGCUGCGUGGAUCAUCCAGUCAAACCAGAUAGAAUUUGGCCCCGGCCUGCUCUCGACGCUCGGGGAUCACCACAGGAAGCAGCGCAAGCUCCUUAACCCCGUCUUUUCUAUUGCAAACAUGCGGCGCAUGAUCCCCAUCUUCAACGAUGUCGCACACAAGCUACAGAAGGGUAUAGAGAUGUGCCUCGGAGGGGAAAAAGAGCCCGUCGAGCUCGACAUGCUCAACUGGAUGGGGCGCACAGCGCUGGAACUCAUAGGCCAGUCAGGCCUCGGGUACUCAUUCGACCCUCUCGUCGCAGAGUCUUCCGACGAGUUCCUGACGACGAUCAAAGCUUUCCAGCCCACGAUCAUGCAGCUCACCCUCUUCCGUCGUGCCAUUCCUUACCUGCCGGACGUGUUUCCUUGGCUCAAGCGAACAUUUGUCGAACGGUUCCCAAACAAGAACGUGCAAAAGCUGCGCCGUAUCGUGGGUACGAUGCACGAGAAGGCGGUGGAGAUCUACGAAGAGAAGAAGCGAACGAUCACGCAAGGCGAUGAGGCGCUGAAGAGCAAGGUCGGCGAGGGGAAAGACUUGAUGAGUAUCCUGCUGCGAGCAAAUAUGGCCGCGGCAGAGGACGAUAAGCUACCCGAAGAAGAGCUCAUCGCACAAAUGGCGACCUUCAUCUUCGCCGCCAUGGACACCACUUCGAACGCCCUCUGUGUCACGCUCCUCCUCCUCGCCGAGCACCCCGACGUCCAGGCGAAGCUGCGGAAGGAGAUUCUCGAGGCAUCAAACGGUGAGGACCUCGACUACGACAAGCUCGUUUCGCUGCCGUACCUGGACGCCGUAUGCCGCGAGACUCUGCGUCUGCGCUCUCCUGCCACGACCGUCUUCCGCGAGACCCGCAGCGACACUGUCCUCCCGCUGUCCGAGCCCAUAACUGGCGUAGACGGCUCGAAGAUUCGCGAAGUACAUGUCCCCGAGAAUACGACCAUCAUCGUCGGCAUCCUCUCAUCCAACCGCAACAAGGCCAUCUGGGGCGAGGACGCGCUGGAGUGGAAGCCCGAGCGCUGGCUCAAUCCUCUCCCGAAGAGCGUUACUGAAGCGAAGAUCCCCGGCAUCCAACCAACCUUAAUGACGUUCUCCGGCGGAGGUCGUGCGUGCAUUGGCUUCAUGUUCUCGCAACUCGAGAUGAAGGUCGUCUUAUGUCAACUGCUCACCAGGUUCACCUUCGCACCCUCGACCAAACCAAUUACGUGGAACAUAUCCGGCCUUACCUUCCCGACGGUCGGGAAAGCUACGAAGGCGUCGAUGCCCAUGAUGGUGGGGCUGUACAGGGAAUCAGCCGUGCCUAUCUAA